AUGGACGAAGACGUACGGACGUCACUAUACCGACAAGAUGAUACCCGUCAGUUCCUCGCCUAUUCAACCCAAAUGCGUGCUAACAAACCUCCACCAGCGCUAAACAACGAUCCCCCCAAGCAAGCACCAUCAUCCAGCGCAUCUUCAACUGAAGUACACGAUGAGCUUGCCCCUCUGCCUGUCGCACCACGCAGAGUGUCUCUUCCCCCUCGCAUGCACCUCCAUUCAAGCUCCACAUCCCCCGGGAUACAAAGUCUCAGUGAACUAAUGUCCAGCCCUCCCAUACCCGAGGAUUAUGAGAAUGAUCGUUCUUACUUCCCUCCCUUUCCCUCCAGUCAAUCCCCUCUUGUUCCGUCGACCCCCCAAACUCCUGACAUCUUUGUACCUCCAAAAGCAGCUUCAGACUCUGGAAUUUUCGCAAUAGCCCGUCGAUCUAGCACAAAUAGAAGCCCGCGCAUCAGAAAUACCGGGGGAAUCCUUGCUCCGCACGGCUCUUUCACUUCCUCCCGCCCCCGAUCGUCAACGACGAGCUCUCGAUCUUCUGUCGCCUCAUCUCCCUCUGGCCGAACGCCGAGGAUACCAUCAAGUCAUCUGCAAGAUCAACCCGAAGAAAUGGAUCCCUGCGAAAGAGAACGACUAUUCAAAGCCGCAGCCAAGGGAGAUCAGUUAGCGAUGCAUCAAUUAGGUUACCGUCCUCCAAAGCUGAACCAUCGACAUACUUUGGGAUCAAGUGGGGAUAUAUGGGGAGUCUCUGAAUCUACAGCGCCAACAUCUCGCAAAAUUCCCGCCAACAACUCGCCGAAUACCCCUACAACGUCACAGUCUCAAUCGGAUCUAUUCUCUGAAGCGGCGCACCUGGCUUCUCAAUCCAGUGCUACGCCGUACACGUCAUCACGCUCUCGGCAAUCAUCUACAUAA